AUGCAAUUCAUCAACAUCAUCACUGCUUCCGUCCUUGCCACUUUGGCAAUUGCUGCUCCAGCACCAGUCGCUGCUCCAGAGGCAAUUGCGGAGCCCGCACAGCUCGAAGCUCGUGCUCAGGCAUUGAUUGACGUCUGGAAGAACUCUGAUUUCCUUGAUCUCAAGUUCACCGGCUCCAGCAACCCCGGAACUUGUGUGAACUUCCCAUCGAACUUCAACGACAUCGUCUCCUCCGGCAAGGCCAAGCCUGGCUUCCGCUGCACAAUCUGGGUUGACGCAGGAUGCGUCGGCACUGGGUUCAGCUUCAAUGCUAGCCCGGGAGUUGCUUCUCUUCCUAGCUGGAUCAACGACAAGGCUUCCUCUUGGAAGUGUGUCGCUGCUUAG